AUGCUCCACUGCAGCGCUUGUAUACGAACCUGUAUACGCACCGUCUUCUCCCGCCUCAGCAGUACCCAGCUCAUAUUGACAUCAUCCCCUCCUCAUCUCCUGGCCAGUCAAGCAACUCGAUGUUCAAUAUGGCUUCGACGAGGCUACGCUACAGAGGCUUACUUGACUCGACAUGUGCCAGGCAGCGAGCCGGCACCUUUUCCUCAUGAUCGAACUCAUAUCAGUGAUGCCAAAUUCGAACAAGAUAAAAAGUCAAAACUGGCACUCGAAGUACGCUGGCUGAAGGAUCCCGUGAAGCUGGCAGACCACACGGUCACAUUGCUGCGAGAAGACCAAUUCGAGAAAGCACUGGACAUUGUCAGACUGGCCAGCAGAGAUGUGGUGUCUACCGUUAGCUGGAAUCAUCUCAUUGACUAUGAGAUGAGUAAAGCGAGGGUUCCCAACGCUGUCAAGCUGUAUAAUGAGAUGAAGAAGCGUGCGCAGCUGCCUGAUGCCUAUACCUUCACUAUACUCUUCCGCGGCUUCUCCUGGUGUCCUCGAAAUCCGCAGAUCUGUUCCCGUGCUCUCUCAAUAUACCAGUCCAUGUUCGCCGAGAACAGCCCUGUCAGGCCGUCGAUCAUUCAUACCAACGCGGUCCUGAAAGUCUGUGCUCUGGCACACGACGUUGAUGCCCUCCUAGGCAUUGCGGCCGAGUUACCUACUCGUGGCAGUGGUGCUCCCAACAACCUCACUUUCACAACCAUAUUGAACGGUAUACAGAGUAAGGCAAUUGAAGAGACCAAUGGGCAAAAAGCAACUUCCAGGGGGAAGGUACGGGAAGAAACAAAAUAA